UGCCCCGGCGCCGCCAUCUUGUUUACCGUUACCACAGCAACGCCCGCCAUCUUGUUUACCGUUACCACAGCAACGCCCGCCAUCUUGCUCGGCGCCUCCACCAUCAGCCCGCCCGGGCCGUGCGGGGCCAUGGCGAGCGCGGGGCGGCUGCACGACCUGGACCUCAGCGCCGAGGAAGCUGAGCGCCUCCGACGCGCCUUCCGCGACGAGAAGUUCCGCGCGCUGUUCGCCGAGUACGCGGCGGAGCUCACCGACCCGGAGCAGCGCCGGCUGUACGAGGAGGAGGUGGCGGCGCUGGAGCGGGAGCGCGGCGUGGAGGUGCGCUUCGUGCACCCCUCGCCGGGCUUCGUGCUGCGGACCAGCCAGGAGGGCUCCCGCCGCUGCUACAUCAACGUGUGCAGCAACGCGAUGCUGGCGGAGCCGCGGGCCCACGCCGAGCGCGGCGGGCAGCGCUGGGCCCUGCCCUACAGCCUGGCGCCGGGCCGCGAGGAGCUGCGCCGCGCCGGCCGCCGCCGCCUGCUCUACGACGUGGUGUUCCACCCGGCCGCGCUGCGCCUGGCCGCCCGCAGCGCCCCGUUCCGCCGCCUGCUCUGCGACACGGCCCUGGACGCCGUGGAGCGGCACUGCGGGGUGCGGCUGGACCGCGCCAACGCCGCCGUGCUGCGGGGGACCCGCUACAAGGGCGUCCCGCAGGCGCCCGUCAUCCGCUCCCCGCUGCCCGGCGGCGCCACGAAGCCGCCCGACGGCGGGGACUCCCCGCUGCCGCCCUUCCCCUACCCCGCCCCGCCGCCGGCCGACAACGGGGGCUUGCCGCCGCCGCCGCCGCCUCCCUUCCCCGCCACGCCCGCCGCCGGAGCCUCCCCGCCCGCCGGCCCCACCACGCCGCGCUGGAGCAUCCGCCACCGCUCCUACGUGGACCUGCAGGACUACCGGCACAGCCGCGACUCGGCGCCCAGCCCGGUGCCGCGGGAGCUGGUGGUGACAGUGGAGCUGCCGCUGCUGCGCUCGGCGGCGCAGGCGGAGCUGGAGAUCCGCGGGCGGGAGCUCAGGCUCGACUCGGUCCGUCCCGCCUACCGCCUGCGCCUGCGCCUGCCCUACGCCGUGGACGAGAGCGGCGGCCGGGCCGCCUUCAACCGGGCCCAGCGGCAGCUGCAGGUCACGCUGCCCGUAGUGCCGCCGGCCCCCGACGGGCAGCGGCGGGAAGGGGCCGAGCCCGCGGCGCAGGGGCCGGGCGAGCCGCUAGGCGAGCCGCCGGAGGCUGGGCCGGGCGGCGGGGCCGCUCCUCCCCCGGGCCCCGAACCACCCACUGAACCGCCCGCUGAACCCCCCUCUGGACCACCCCCUGAACCACCCGCUGACCCACCCGCUGAAUCACCCGCUGAGCCCCCCAACCCACCACCACGCUCCGGCGCCGCUCCCCCCAUGGCCAGCCCCGAGCCGGCCGUGCCCGCCGAGGACGCCCCUCCGAGCCCCCCGCCGUCCGCAGAGCACAGCCCCACCGGGAUGGGCGCCACGUGCCCUCCCUUCCAGGCCCGGCAGGACGAGACGUCCCUCACCCUGCUCCUGAGAGUGCCCGGCAUCCAUCCCCAGAGCCUCUGCGGGGACGUGGGCACCCACCACUACAGCCUGCGCUUCUCCACUGACAGCGGCGCCUUUGCCCUGUUCCUGCAGUUCCCUCCCGCGAACAAGCUGCUGUCCCCCGAGACCGGAGUCAGCGUCUCUGCUCACAACGUGGUUGUGGAGCUGGCCAAGGCCCCCGACAGCGCCGGGCCCUGGGAGAAGUUCAGCUUCGGCCUCGACCCCUCCGCUCUGCAGGAAAGAUUGUUUGUCACUGAAGAGAACGUUGAUGGAUUUCUAGGCACUGCUUUAUGCCCUUCUUCUUGCUCCCAAUCAGCACUGGAAAGCCAGCCAUUAAUUGAAGUGCUGGAUGUUUCUGAGGACAGAAUUCAAAUCAGGGUGGAGCCACAGGAACGUGAUGGAGAAGGAACACUUGGCAGCUCAGGGGGAGACCUUGCUGGAAAGACCAACGCUGACUACCCUGAAACAAAGGCAGAAACAAACUGCCCUGCAGCUGAUGGAGAAUGUGCUGCAGGAACCAACACGGCUCCCACAGCUGAAACAAUAGGAAAAGUAGGUUGUAGUUCACACCAUUGUUUGGAGCAUGAACCUCCUGACACCAGUUCAGCGAUUGCUGGUGAAUCCGGGAGAAAGGAACCAGAUUUAGAAAGCGCUGCCGCAGCAGGCGACACGGCCACGGCCCCGGGCUCUGCAAAACAAGGAGAACUUCUGCCAGGGGGGCAGGAGGCAGUGGAAGGGCACGAGGAGGCUGAACCCCCAGGGCUGGACAGCAGGGCAGCCUCCCCACUCCUACGAGAAGUGAACCUUCAGGACGGGAGCAUGCGGGUCCUCAGGGAUCACGUCACGCGCUGCCCCGUCGUGUUUCAGAAUUCCUUGCUGUAUGAGUUGGAUUAGUUUAAUGGGUUUAGGAUUUCCUUCUCUUGUUUGAUGCUUACUGUGACUUCCACGUGCUGGUGGGUGACUUCGGGGCUCGGAGGUCCCCACUGGAACUGUUUCAGCAUCAAAACCUUACGUUGUUGCAAUUUUUUUGCAGUUAAUAGAUCUGUUUUCUAAUCACACGUAUGGGCUGAAGUAGUUUUAUUACAAGAAAGAUGCAGUUGGAAGUGAAUCUGAGCUCCUGGAAGAAAAUGUAUCUUCGUUGUUUACAUAACUUUUUUAUUCUCCUACCAGAUUUCAGGGAUUAUUUGUAUAUAUCCUUGGUCUAAUGGCUCCCUGGGGAAUUGAGCAGUAUUCAUCAUUUUUCAAACCUUUCAUUUUGUGAUAACUGCAGGAUUAGACUCGCAGUGAUUUUUAGCAAUCAAAUGAAAUUUCUAAUUACCCGGAGAAGUUCUAAUUAGUCUCCUAGAAAUAAUCAACAUCUACACCCUGUAUUCCAUCCUAGUGCAGUGCUUUGCAGCACCCAGACAUCCCCCAGCUGAACAAAUUCCAUUGCACAGUAACAACAUCCUCUGGGUGCACGUGUGCUGUGAAGUAUUUACAGUUUGGGAGACGGAUUCACUUAAUCCAGAUUUAUUUUCACAGUUUCCCUCAAGUUUCCACGUGCUCGUUGCUGGUUCACCUCUCUGAAGUGCCAUAACCAAAAGAACACAUCUAAUAAUAAACUUCCAGUUCCCUUUC